UCGAUAAAACCCACUUUGGGUGGGAGCCGGCAACGGGAUGCGAACCAAAUAACAGCCUUUUAGCCUUAAAUCCGGUGACUUAACCAGGUACUACACCACCGAGACCGGUCUGUACAGCGUUUGUGCUGACCUGAAGCCAAGGCUACAUCAAACUAAAUUAAGUUGGCUUCUACAUUCUCGUGGGUAUUCUCGCGAGACUUGUACAGCUGUUGCCGCUUGUAUACAAAAAGGUAUUUCCACGGUGUUCGUUCACGGUGUUCGUGCUCGUUCCACUUAAGUACCCAGCGAUUAUUUAUCACUUUAUUAUUUUGUUCUCACACACGGAUGUUUCAGCUCAUUUGUACUACAGAGCAUUUACAAGGUUUCCCAAGCUGAGAAAAUCCAAUGGAGAAAUGGAGUCAAAGGAUGAAAAUAAAGCCAGUCUUAAAGUCAUUGUGAUGUCACAGACUGACGAGGGAUCUGUUGUAGACGAAAUGGAUAGCAACGCGUCGGCUGAAGAAAACGGUGAAAAUUCAGACUGUAGUAGAAGCAAUGAAAAUAUCGGCAUGGAGCAGCAUUUUUCUGAGAUUGAGCACAUGGUGCAUGAGCUGAAGAAAGGAUUCAUGCAGGUCAUGCAAACUCUUACUGUCAUACAGGAUGACGACAUAACGGUGAAGAAAGAGCUUGCAGACAUGUCAGAGACGCUGGAGUCGGUGCAAUGUUAUGACUUCAAUAUGAAUGAACUUCCUUAG